AUGAAGGAUUACAUUUGUCGCAAGACUCUCUAUAGGAGUACCGUUGGAGCUUUACAAUACUUGACGUUUACUAGACCCGAUAUAGCGUAUGCGGUUAACAAAGUUUCACAGUUUAUGCAUUAUCAUUGGGUUGCUGUCAAACGUAUUCUCCGUUAUGUCAAUGCUACUUCCUCUCAUGGUUUAUUUCUUUCUCAUGGGUCCUCUGGCUUGCUUCAUGGUUAUUGUGAUUCAGAUUGGGGAGGUGAUGUUGAUGAUCGCAAGUCUACCACUGGAUUCGCCAUUUUUCUUGGCUUUAAUUUGAUUUCAUGGGCUUCUCGAAAGCAAAAAGUUGUAUCGCGAUCGAGCACAGAGGCUGAAUAUCGUGCAUUAGCUGCUGCUACCUCUGAGAUGACAUGG